GCAGCGUAGUGACGUCAGACGCACAGUGCGACGCUUCGUCCCUGCGCUAGGAAGGUUCCCAGGUUCCCGCCAAAUCGUGUGUGGUACUUGUGACAGGCUGCGGUAGCGCGGCGCCGGGCGGAGGGAGCCCGCAUAUGGUCGUCUUUUGUCUAUAGAAAAUACCUUAAUCAAAAAUGGCUUCGCUGUCUUUGCGAGGCUCGAUCCGGAUACACUGCCUUAACAUGGGGACGUCAAAGUGGAAGGAAGGUAACUGUGAGGUCAUCGAAAAGGACAACAAGUUCACCCUUGUCGUGAAUUUCAAUGCUGGUGGAGCGCCAGCGAAAUUUCAGCUUAGUCAAAACAUCAAGCAUAUAGUUCUGCGGCCGGCGGGGGUGAAGCAGUCGCGGCUUCUGCUUACUAUGAAAGACUCCAGUUCUCUUACUAUUGACAAGGUCCCGAGCAAGGAGGCAGAGGAGCUAAAACACCUCCUGGAGUCCAUCAACCUUGAAAAGACCCAAACAGUGAAAGCCACUCAGGGGUCUGCAAGCUUUGGAGGCAUCCUGGGGAACAGAAGUAUUCAGAGGGAAAGCAACAGACCACUGACUAACAGAAGUCUGACGCCUACCAAGAGAGUGAGCUUUGAAGGUAAAGAUGAAACUCCUAUCAAAAAGCUGAACAAUAACGGAAGGAUCCCAGGAAAAACCUCACCAAAUAACAUGACUCCAGGCCGUGUUGGGAAUUCCCCUGCAACCUCUACUCCUCACAGGACCGGCUUGAUGGAGACCAGGAGUCAGAAAAGGAAACAAUUACUGUCUUCAAGUCCAGAGAUUGAAGAUUACCCUAAAGAGAAUGAUUCUUCUACCACCAACAAAGCAUUAACAGACCCCGGACGAAAAUUUCUCAGCAGCAGUCGUGAGAAACAACUAAAUCUGAAGCAAGCAGAAGAAAAUCGCUCCGGUUUAACGCCGCUGCAGUCCUCAUCCUUUUACAGCAGCCGAUUGACACCAAAGGAUUAUUCCUUAGGAACUUCAUAUCCAGAGAGGACCCCUGGAUCCACCCAGCCCCCCUCAGCUAAAAGAAGUCUAGUUCUUCCAACACAGUCCAAUCCUUUGUCAGCGAAGAAACUGCGACCGAAUCAAGACUAUGCUGGAUGGAACAAGCAGAGAGUUCUUUCUACACAGCCUCAGCAAUUGCAGGGUUUUUCUAACUUGGGAAAUACCUGCUACAUGAACUCAAUCCUCCAGUCGCUGUUUUCACUACAGCCUUUUGCAAAUGACUUGCUCAAACAAGGUAUUCCUUACAAGAAAAUUCCACUGAAUGCAUUAAUCAGACGCUUUGCCUUUCUGUUGGCCAAGAAAGAUGUUUGCAGUGCGGAAAUGAAGAGGGAUCUGCUGAAGAAAGUGAAGAGCGCCAUCUCUGCCACUGCCGAGAGGUUUUCAGGUUACAUGCAGAAUGACGCCCAUGAAUUUUUGAGCCAGUGCCUUGAUCAGCUAAAGGAAGACAUGGCGAAACUGAAUAAAGCAUGGAAGACAGAACAGUCUUCCGGAGAAGACCGAGCUGGUGGCAAAACUGCUGAUGACAUUGCUGCCACUCAUGUUUACACGUGUCCAGUGAUUUUCAAUUUCGAGUUUGAAGCUCAGCAUUCAAUAAUAUGUAAAAUGUGUGGCGAAAAGGUCAUAAAGCGUGAGCAGUUUAACGAUCUGUCAAUUGACCUUCCUCGGAGAAAAAAACUGUUUCCCUCAAGGUCCAUACAAGAUUCCCUUGACCUCUUUUUCCGGAAGGAAGACCUGGAAUAUUCCUGUGAGAAGUGCAGUGGAAAGUCAGCCAUUGUAAUACACAAGUUUAGCCGGUUGCCCAGGGUCUUAAUUCUUCACCUUAAACGGUACAGUUUUAAUGUGGCGCUGUCACUCAAUAACAAAGUUGGCCAACAAGUCAUCAUUCCCCGUUACCUUACUCUGUCAUCGCACUGUACAGAAAGCACAAGGCCCCCAGUGCCGCUGGGCUACAGUACACAGGCAGCAGCGAAUUUGAGACCACUUAAAACCUCACAGAUGGUGAAUUCCUGCAGUGUUGGCAACCUCUUUACAGCUGUCAGAAAACAAAGCCUGAAAUCCACGAGCAAUUUGUCCCUCUGUUUAGAUUCUGAAAGUGAUGAUGAGCCCCUAAAAAGAAAUGUCGUAAACCAUAAAGCAAUAAUUAUGGGUAAAGAUUCUCCGCCUGAAAACCUGGACAAGAAAUCAAAUUCAGAAAGCGUGAAAUGUCAAGAGCUUGCUGAUACAAGCUUUGAUGAAAUGAACGAUGACGAACUGAUGGCGGCUGUGCUGGAAAUUACCAAAAAAGAUAUAAACAACGAAGAAGAGGAGAAACUGGCGAGCAGUCCGGAUACUGGAUUUGGUGGUGAUGAUGAGAUGCAGGAAACCGUUGAAGCCGUUCCUGGUGCUGCUCAGUAUAGUGACCUGGCCAAAGACUUUGAUGAAAAUAAAGAGAACAAGACCCCGGAUGGCUCCCAGAAUGACAUGGACUGGAUGCAGCAUGAGCUGGAUAGAGAGCGAGAGGAGCUGGAGCUGCAGCAGGCUUUGGCACAAUCUCUCCAAGAACAAGAGGCUCGAGAAUUAAGAGAAGAUGAUGAACUGAAAAGAGCGACAGAACUGAGCUUACAAGAGUUUAAUAGCUCAUUGCUGGAUGGGAUGAUGUCUGAUGAGGAUUCUGGAAAUGAAGAUGUUCUAGACAUGGAGUACACGGAGGAGGAAGCUGAGGAGCUGAAGAAAAACGCAGAGACUGGAGAACUGUCGCACUCCUAUCGUCUGGUGAGCGUCGUCAGCCACAUCGGAAGCUCCUCGUCCUCUGGCCACUACAUCAGUGAUGUGUAUGAUAUCAAGAAACAAGCAUGGUUUACAUACAAUGACCUGGCUGUGUCGAAGACGCAAGAGAGCACCGUCCAGCAUGACCGGGAUCGCAGCGGCUAUAUAUUUUUCUAUAUGCACAAGGACAUAUUUGAUGAAAUUGUUGAAGAGGAGAAAAAAGCACAAGCAAGUAUUGACCCGAACAGAUCAGCCAGACCCCCGAUGUGACUGGUGGAGCGCCGGCCUCUAGACUUGCACUGAACUCCAGUAUGUUGGAUUUGUGAGGUGUAAUAAGCACAUUAACAGGACCUCACUGCUAGUUCUGUAGCUUGCUGCUGUGUAACCCGGGAUCACGGCACAAACUGAAAUCUGCCAAUGUCACAGCUACUGAAGUUUUACAUUUGUAAAUGGGAUUGCAGAGCUCUUGUUAUCCUGUUUGUUUCUCACAGCAAUAAGCUUUUUGUGUCCUUGAAGACCUUUGUGACACUACACAACUAACUGCAGUACCUCUAGCUCCCAGUAGAGGCGACUUCUGAACUGUUUUCCCUGCUCUUCCAUUCUGAAAAUUUGGCUGUAAUGCCAAUAAUGUUAAUAGUUCAAAGGCAGAGUAAACUUUCAUCUCCAUUUUCUUUUUGUGCAGUUUAUCUGUUUUCCCGAAAUCAGCCGUUUCCUUUUAGGUUUAGUGGCCCUUUAAGGCCGCACUAUUUGAAUGAGCACUGCUUUUUUUUUUUCUCUUGAAAGAAAUGUAAGUUUUGUUAAUACUUUGUACAGGAGAAGUUACUAUAUGAUCCUUUAUUUCUCCAUUCCUGCUGGUUCAUAGCAAUAAGAUGGUGCUGGAGCAUGCACGCUGUUCCGUGGGGGGUUGGCGCACAUUGCUGCCUGGCACCGAUGACAAUCUGUCACGAAGAUGACUAUUUUUAACCAUUUUUAUUUCUGCCUAUCUGCUCCUUGUCUUUUUUUUAUACGUGAGGGCAUUAGUCCUGAAGUUUGUCGGGUCUCGCAUCCUUCCUCUGCUGCAAAACUAAACGCGUUUUUUAUACCUUUUGGUUGUUUGUUCCUCUGAAAAUAUUUCACCGAGUCCUUAUGUUGCAGUUUUCAGCUUCCAAAAUGCAGUGUUUAAGUCUUUGUAACGUCCUCUGCUCCUCUCUCCCCCUGAUAUUUUCCGGUAAGGUGUAUUUUGAUUUUGUUGUACAUAUUCUAUUUAACUAUUUUAGUCUUUUUGUUUUUAUGUUGUCUUUCUUCUGUAUGAAAAAGACUUAAGUUAAAUAA